CCCGCAUCCAGCCCCUCUUCCUGCCCCCUCCCCCGGACUCCCGCUCGCCGCUCCCGGUGGGAUGGAAGUCCCCCCGUAAGCCUCUUCCUUCUCCCCGGUAGCAGGCGGCGGGCCCCGAGUUCGGUGCAAAAAUGCUGGGCAUGUACGUGCCGGAUAGGUUCGCCCUGAAGUCGUCCCGGGUGCAGGACGGGAUGGGGCUCUACACGGCCCGCAGAGUGAAGAAGGGUGAAAAGUUUGGCCCCUUUGCAGGAGAGAAGCGAAUGCCGCAGGAGCUGGAUGAGAGCACAGACUGCAGGCUCAUGUGGGAAGUUCGUGGGAGCAAAGGUGAGGUCCUUUAUAUCCUGGAUGCCAGCAACCCACGCCAUUCGAACUGGCUGCGCUUUGUCCAUGAGGCUCCAUCCCAGGAACAGAAGAACCUGGCAGCCAUCCAGGAGGGGGAAAAUAUUUUCUAUCUGGCUGUGGAAGAUAUUGAAACAGACACAGAACUUCUGAUUGGGUACUUGGACAGUGACAUGGAAGAAGAGGAGGAGGAGGAGGAAGAAGUAACUGUUACCCAGGAAGAUGAAGACAGUGGCAGCAAUAAAGAAGUGCAGCCAUCUGGUGAAAAAAUUGCUGAUCCCCUCACCUGUAAACAGGACCAUGCAUGCCCAAACUGUGAAUCCAGUUUUGCCAGCCAGGAGAUCCUAGCUGAGCAUCUGCAGACUUUGCACCAAAAACCCAGUGAGGAAAAGGAAUUUAAGUGCCGAAAUUGUGGAAAGAAAUUCCCUGUUAAACAAGCUCUACAAAGACAUGUCCUUCAGUGCACAGAGAAUAUCAUCCCAGGAGACUCCUCAAGAAGUUUCCAGUGCUCUCUUUGCAAUACUGCCUUCAGCUCAGAAUCGAGUUAUGAGCAGCACAAGGAGGCGUGCAGAGGGGAUGCCAGGUUUAUAUGCAAGGCAGAUAGCUGUGGGAAGAGGUUCAAGAGCAAGGAUGCCCUGAAAAAACACAAAGAAAAUGUUCACAGUGGAAAUUCUAGGAAGAAGCUGAUGUGUUCAGUGUGCAAUAAGAAAUGUUCCUCAGCAGCAAAUCUCCAGGAGCAUCGAAAGGUCCAUGAGAUCUUUGAAUGUCGAGAAUGUGACAAGAAAUUCAUUUCGGCUAAUCAGCUGAAGCGCCAUAUGAUAACUCAUUCAGAAAAACGCCCCUACACCUGCGAGGUUUGCAAUAAGUCCUUCAAACGACUUGAUCAAGUGACUGCACACAAAAUAAUACACAGUGAAGAUAAACCUUAUAAAUGCAAGCUUUGUGGAAAGGGAUUUGCCCACAGAAAUGUUUACAAGAAUCACAAGAAGACCCAUUCUGAAGAGAGACCGUUCCAGUGUGAGGAAUGCAAAGCCUUGUUCCGAACCCCCUUCUCUCUACAAAGACAUUUGUUAAUCCAUAACAGCGAGAGGACCUUCAAGUGUGAUCACUGUGAUGCCACUUUCAAAAGAAAGGACACAUUAAAUGUUCAUAUUCAAGUUGUACAUGAUGGACAUAAGAAAUACAAGUGUGACCUGUGUGACAAAGCUUUUGUGACACCCUCAGUUCUGAAGAGCCAUAAGAAAACUCACACAGGAGAAAAAGAGAAAAUUUGCCCAUAUUGUGGACAGAAGUUUGCAAGCAAUGGAACACUGAGAGUUCAUAUCCGAAGCCAUACAGGUGAGCGUCCUUACCAGUGUCCUUACUGUGACAAAGCUUUCAGCAAGAACGAUGGCUUGAAGAUGCACAUUCGCACCCACACCAGGGAAAAGCCGUACCAGUGCUCGGAGUGUAACAAGGCUUUCAGUCAGAAGAGAGGCCUGGAUGAGCACAUGAGGACCCACACCGGGGAGAAGCCCUUCCAAUGUGAUGUUUGUGACCUGUCCUUCAGCCUGAAGAAGAUGCUGAUCCGACACAAGCUGACUCACAACCCCAACCGCCCCAUGGCAGAGUGCCAGCUCUGCCACAAGAAGUUUACAAGGAAUGACUACCUCAAAGUACACAUGGAAAAUGUCCAUGGAGAAACUGACAGCUAAAUAGGGCCUCAGUGAGAAGGGUGGAUCCAAAGUGCUGAGUUUGUACGUGUACAAACUCCAGAUUUUCCACCUGGCCAGUAAGCAAAAUCAGGAAAAACAACUGUAAUGUCUUCAUGUGUUGUUUUCCCAAUUUUGUUGAAAAUAUGUUAGUAGGAAAAAAAAUCUCAAAGACAUUCUGAUGUAAAACAGCUUGAAAAUAAAAAAAAAUAGAGACACAAGAACUUUGGAAAAAUUUUACCCUCAUUUAAACAAAUAAGCUUUAAGCAAACUUUUCUUUGUUAAUGACAUCCUUAGAUAUUAGUAGCAGUGCCUGGAAAUCCUAGACACUUGCAACCAAACUCUUGGCUGUCUGCAACUGUAUUUCUGUAUCUAACCUACAAGGCUCCAUUAAAAUUAUUUAAUUUGAAA